CAGAAAAACGAUCGCUCCAGAGACCUCCAAGAAAGUAGUCGCGUCAGCAGAAGGACGCCCGACGUUCGCCUCGUCCCUCGCCAGUAUAUCUACAAUAGUUGUUUAGACAAAUGCAAAAUCUUGUCUCGAGCGUUCAUAAAUAGUCCGUGGAAGUUUAUGCGAGCACAGCGUGGCGCCAAUGCGUACGACACGCGUGCAAUAUUCGAAAAGUUUGGAAUCCCGUCGAUACCUGUGGGACACGAAAGGGGGAGAGGCCUAGCGAGGAAAAGCUUUCGUGCUCCCGAACGACGCGACGCGACGCGACGCGUUUAUGGUCGGUCUCGUGGGUCCACGGCGCGCGGCGUGGCGCAGAGGAGCUCCAGUAGUAGUCGAGCCGCCGCGACGAGACCAGACGAGACCAGAACGCAGCGGCGGCGUCCACCAGCGCCUCUUCCCUUUGUCGCCGCCGUUGCUUCAAAACCGACUGGCACGAUAGUCGUUCGCUCGCCGCCGAGGAAUCCUGCGAGCCGGGAGAACGAAAAGAGGAAUCUUGGUACCUCGAGUACCCGAAGCAAGAAUAAGAAUCGCAAAACCUUGGAAGAUUCCUGAUCGGAAAGAAUCAUUGGAAUCCCGAGGAUUCCGAGGAAUUGGAAAGCCUUAGCAAGAGGUCAAGAGUCCUCCGAGGAAAGCUCGUCGGGAAGAGAAGAUUCAGCCGAGUGUCAGGACACUCGAGGGAACGGGCUAUUCGCGGAUACUCUCGCCGCGAAGAGGUGAAAGUAACCUUAAAGCGUCCAAAGGCUCGAGAGACCGCUCGUUCGCAUCGAUGCCGUGUAGCACGUGCUCCACCAAACGAUGCGAGCUGUUUUGAUGUGAAAGAAUCAUGCGGACGAUAGACAUGAGGCUGAUACUGGUCGUUUGCUGGGCCCUGCUGACCCUGCAGGUCACCGGGACGGAGCAGCGUCAGGACGGCAGGACUGAUUGCCCCCAUAAGUGCAUGUGCUUCGUGAAGACCGUGAGGUGCAUGUUUCAGAAGCUGAGUCGGGUACCGCGGAUACCGGCCAACACGACGGUCCUUGACCUGCGGUUCAACAAUAUAGCAGAGCUCCGACCGGGUUCAUUCCACGGUCUAUCCGAACUGCACACUCUGCUGUUGAACGACAACCGCAUCAGACACCUCCAACCAGGAACCUUCGAAGGAGCACCCAAUCUGAAGAUCCUCUAUCUUUACAAAAAUCGUCUGGAGCGCGUGUCGCCGGGCGCUUUCGCGGGCCUGCCGAAAUUAGAGCAGCUGUAUUUGCAUUACAAUCACCUGCGCGAGAUCAAAAGGGGCACGUUCAAUGAUUUACCCGGCCUGGAACGCUUGUUCCUUCAUAACAACAUGCUCCAUCGGUUGCCCGCCGACGCGUUUCAGAACGUGGGUCCGAUGACGCGGCUCCGUCUGGACAGCAACGCCCUAGUCUGCGAUUGCGACCUCGUUUGGCUGGUGCAACGCCUUCAAAGCAAACCCGCUGAGAUGGCGGCCGACUGCCAGUCGCCGGUGGAGAUGAAAGGUCGAUCGCUGACGGCGAUGUCGCCGGAUGACUUCCAUUGCACCAAGCCGCGUAUCAUGAACGGACCACAGGACGUGGAAGUCAGACUGGGCGGUACCUUCAGCUUCACCUGCGAGGUGAUAGGCGACCCAACGCCGGAGAUAAAAUGGAUGCGGGAUUCCAACGAGGUGCCCGUGGAUGGGAGCCGCUACACGAUCCAGGAGGACGGGACGCUGGUGGUGUCGGACGCGACCGAGCAGGACACUGGCGAGUACGAGUGCGUGGCCAAGAGCGAAAUGGGGUCCACGAAGUCGCGGAAGGCCAGAGCGCUGGUCACCGUGUCGCCGUCGUUGAGAUUCACUCGAUUGCCCGAGUCUCAAACGGUGCAGGUGGGCGCAGACGUGAGCUUCGUGUGUCAAGCCGAGGGUCGACCAUUGCCCAAGAUUCACUGGUGGAGGGACAACGAACCCCUGAACUUGGCCGGUCGUUUCUCGACCGAGGAAGACGGCAACGUGCUGCGUAUCCUCGCCGCGAAAGAGUCGGACGCGGCCAGGUACGUUUGCAGGGCGCAGAACUCGAACGGAUUCGCGGAGACCAGCGCCGACUUGAAGGUAGUCGACACGUCUUACGGGCCGCCCAAGUUGACCUACGAGCCUCGAGACAUGGAGGUGGAACCAGGCACCAUUAUCGAGGUUCCAUGCAGGGUAGGGGGUGUUCCGAAACCGGUGAUACAGUGGAAGAAGGAUGGAACAGCCGUCGAAGGGAACAGAGUCCGCAUAUCCCGGGGAGGAAGCUUGUACCUUUACAAUGUUACCUCUGCGGACACUGGCAGGUACGAGUGCUCGGCUGUGAACGAAUAUGGUCGCGCGACCGCCCAAGCUCUGGUUCGCGUUCGCCAACCCGAGGCGACGAAUGUCUUGGUGAUCAGAGCUUUCAAAAAUGCCAAAGAGGAUAUCGAUCGCGCCAUUAAUAACACGUUGGCAAGCCUCUUCAGCGACGAUAGAUCCGCGCAGCGGGUAAAUCCAUUCGCGCUCGCGCGGUUUCCGGACGCGGUUGGCCGUGCCGCAGCCAGGCCAGCAGAAGUAUUCGAAAGAACACUUGUUAACAUAAGACGAAUGGUAAAUGCCGGUAUGGCGGCAAAUACCACCAAAGAGUUCCGAUACGAGGAAGUUCUAACACCGGAACAGGUCCUGGAGAUCGAAAGAUUGUCCGGGUGCACUGGCCACAGACGUCGGCAAAAUUGCACAAACAUGUGCUUUCACAACAAGUACCGUAGCAUAGACGGUAGUUGCAACAACCUACGCCAUCCGACUUGGGGAUCAUCCUACACCGGCUUCCACAGAGUCUUGCAACCGAUCUACGAGAACGGAUUCUCGACGCCGGUAGGCUGGGAAAGGGGACGUCGUUAUUACGGGUAUCCAAAGCCAGCAGCCCGGCUGGUCUCGACAACGUUGGUGACUACGCACAACAUAACCCCCGACGAGAGGAUCACGCACAUGGUGAUGCAAUGGGGUCAGUUUUUGGAUCACGACCUAGACCACUCCCUGCCGUCGGUAUCCAGGGAAUCGUGGGACGGUAUAGACUGCAAGAAAUCCUGCGACAACGCUGCCCCGUGUUUCCCCAUGGAGGUCCCACCGGGUGAUCCACGAAUAUCUAACAGAAGGUGCAUCGAUUUCAUCAGAACCAGCGCGGUCUGCGGUUCCGGUAUGACGAGCGUGUUGUGGGGCAGCUUCACGCCUCGCGAACAACUGAACCAGCUUACCAGCUACCUGGACGCUUCCCAGGUGUACGGUUACGACGACGAUUUGGCCAGGGAUCUGCGCGACUUAACCACGGAUCAGGGCCUGUUACGAGAAGGUCCCACUUUCCCUGGGCAUAAAGCGCUGCUCCCGUAUGCCUCCGGUCAGUUUGUGGAUUGCAGACGAAAUCCGCUAGAGAGCUCGAUCAAUUGUUUCGUAGCCGGGGACAUUCGAGCCAACGAGCAAGUGGGUUUGCUGGCGAUGCACACGAUAUGGCUGCGGGAGCACAACCGCGUGGCUCGUCAGUUGCGGGAGAUGAAUCCUCACUGGAACGGAGAAAAGCUUUAUCAAGAGGCCAGGAAGAUCGUCGGUGCCGAGAUGCAACAUAUUACUUAUCAGCAUUGGAUACCCCGCGUGUUCGAUGGCACAGCGGAACAACUUCUAGGUUCUUAUCGCGACUACGACUCGAACUUGGACGCCAGCGUGUCGAACGUUUUCGCCACCGCAGCCCUGAGAUUCGGCCACACCUUGAUUCAACCGCGACUCGAGCGUCUGAAUGAGUUCUUCCAGUCGAUACCCCAGGGUCCUCUUCUUCUAAGAGACGCGUUCUUCGCGCCGUGGAGACUAGUCGAGGAGGGUGGCGUCGAUCCCUUGAUCAGAGGCAUGUUCGCCACUGCCGCCAAGUUGAAACUACCCGAGGAGAACUUGAACUCUGAGCUGACGGAGCAAUUGUUCCGUACUGCUCACGCAGUGGCACUGGAUCUGGCCGCGAUGAACAUUCAACGCGGCAGAGAUCAUGCUCUGCCCGGGUACUUGGAAUGGCGACGUUUUUGCAACAUGUCGCGCGUAGAGACCUUCGAGGAUCUGGCCGGUGAUAUACGCAGCGCCCGGGUCAGACAAAAACUACGAGAGCUGUAUGGUCAUCCUGGGAAUAUAGAUGUUUGGGUAGGCGGUGUUUUGGAGGAUCAGCUACCAAACGCCAAAGUGGGACCUCUGUUCAAGUGCCUGUUGCUGGAGCAAUUCAAACGUACCAGAAACGGCGACAGGUUCUGGUACGAGAGUCCCACUGUCUUCAAGCCGGAGCAACUUGCUCAGAUCAAACAGGCGAGUUUGGCUCGCGUUCUCUGCGAUAACGGCGAUAACAUCAACCGAAUACAACCGAACGUAUUUCUAUUACCAGAAGGCGAGAACAGAUACGUAAACUGCGACGAAAUACCGCAUGUGGAUCUAAGAAUAUGGUCCGAUUGCUGCGAUGGAUGCGAAGACAACAGCAAUACGAUCUCGCGUUUCCGGCGCAGCGCGGCCAAAUACAUGCCCCAGCAACAUAACCUCGCGAAUAAUCUGGUCCCACGGGAUCGCAACGAUAGAAUCGAGUACUUGGAAAGAACGGUCGAGGAGGUCGAGCUAGAAUCUAAAAGAGUUAGCGUAUUAGCCGAGUCUUUGUCGCGCAGAGUAAAGGAAUUGAAAUUGUUCUUAGAGGAGGCGAAAACACUCAAGUAGAAAAAUCGACGAC